CGUGCUUUUAGAGUUGGUUAGGCCCCGUUUCACAACGUGACAGCCAAGAACUUCCAAGAAGAUCCAGACAUUGCUCAAAGUUCCAGGUCGCUGUCUGGGACGUGCCGCGCGUCACUGUUAUUGCCCACUCAUCUACUCCUGCGCCCUUGGCAAAUCCUCACCGUGGCCACGCUCAACCUUCAUAGGCUAUUGUUGCCACAACUGGUUACCCUCUCUGGCGUCAAGUGAGGCGAUGGCGAUCCUCUUCAAAAGCACAGUUCAUGCCCGCCUAGAGCCCCAUCAGUAUGAGACAGGUCCAUAGCUGCAUGAUACAGGUCCAAGCAGCGUGCGACAAGCUUCCAGCCUGUUAGAAACGCCCUUUGGCGGCUAUCAUACCAUCUCAUCCCCAGUCCAAAGUGGAGACACAUUUAACCUGCCGCCGAUUCAGAUGGCUGGUAACUGUUUUCCUUCAUCUUAAUAUGCCUCUCCACAUAGUGAAAUAUAAGUACGGUUGACAGCUCUGAACAUCGGAUUCUAGCCCAACUUUUUUCUUCUGAUGUUUAUUAUUUCUUGACUUGGCGUUGACCGUCAGCUUUUUUUUUAUAUUCUUCCAUUUAUUUUAUUCCUUUCCUCUCUAUUAUAUUACAAGCCGCCUCAAGGAAUUUUUCAGCAGUAGCCCUGGUGGCCCAUUGCUGCAAUCGAGCAUUAUAUGUUAUAUGCAAAUCUAGGCUUCCAGGAUAAGGACCGUUCGUGAAAAUGUCGGAAAGAUCAUGUCCUGUGUCGGCUUCGGUUGGAUCAGUAUGUCCUAUGGGCAACGGAGCUGGAGAGAAUGGUCGCGCACGGGGCUGCAACUUUGCUAGCUUCAGCCGUCCAGAAGAUAUUCAUUCUACCUUUGGUAUCCCUUCGGACGCUGAUGUCACCGAUUUCUUACGACAAAGAGAACGUAAAGCAAUCAAUGAGUUGCUAUACUCCGAUGUCCCUUCAAUGCCGGCCAUUAAAGAUUUGCAAAACGCCCAAGGCACCAAAAGUCUGGACACCCUAAAUGUGAACGACCAAGAUCUGCUCGCCGUAGCACUCGGCGCCCCGGCUCGGCAAGUUCUCCUAAGGGCAGAAGAGGUUGGGCCCCGGACUGGUUGGAGAGAUGGUUAUCUAAGCAGGGAGCAUGGCUUCUGUCCGCCAGAUGCAGAUGAGGCACCGAGUGCGUUGGCAAGAUCGCCUGGCCGAGUUUGGUCCGAUAUGUGCGAGCGUAUGCCAGGCUGUGUGGCAAGAGGCCGGGUCCGACAAUCUAUCGCGGCACUUCCUCUCGUUGAGGGAACAGCAGAUGUUAUUCCGGAUAAGGCACUUUGGGCAGCAUUGGUUACUCUUGGUAUGCUGUGCUCCAUUUACAGGUACGAGGAAACGCACAAUGGCACCGAGGGUGUCAAUGUCAGCACAAGGUCACCUACACCCAACGUGGAGAUGAGCGAUGACUUGGGUGAUGAAGUGAAGGGAAUCCCCAAAUGCAUUGGCCUCGCCUACGUCCAAAUCUCGAGGCGGAUGGGUCGAUCAAUCCCACAUCUUACAUUCUAUGACCAGGCGUCAUAUAACAUUAAGGUCCGCGACCCAACCUCCACCCACCCCUAUAUCGGACGAUUCGACAACACGGACUUGAGAUGGCCAAUGUUUGGUAUACGGUCUGAGAUUGCAUUUCUCAAGGGAUGCGCCGACACAUCAGCGUCCUUUCAACACGGAGUAGACGCAAUUGCAAGCUGCCAGGAAUUCGUCAUGAGCAAGAAUAAGGCCGGCCUGCUUCGCGCGCUCAUUCGAUUAAAAGAAAUCCUGGAGCGAAUGCCCAAUGCCUUUCACUCCAUAUCUCUGAACCCGAGCUCUGGGGCCAACUUCGUCUCGCCCCCAGAAUGGGUCCGCUGGGCGAAAUUUUCGGCUCCGCUCUCUAAGCGCUGUCCAGCAACUUCCGGUCUGCAAUUUCCACCAUACCUGCUGAUGGACGCCUUCCUCGGCCGUACAAAGUACGAAAGCUUUCUCGGGGAAGAGGGACUCCACCUUCGGGCGUGGUUGCCAUCAAACUGGAGAGCUUUCAUCGCCGCUGUCGAGUAUCAUUACAGUAUUCCCGAUUUCGUCAACCAAUCAGGCGACCCCAGACUCAUUGGCGCUUUUGACGGCAUUGUUGAAGCUUAUACCGGCGAACGCGGAUUUAUGGGAACGCAUCGCUACAAAGUAUUUGGCCUUCUUGAGAUUGCUGGAAAGACAGGAAGAGCAGAGACAAAUGGGAACUCCGGAUCUGCCGAGGUUAAUGCUAAACCACAUGAAGAGACACACAAGGCUUUCUCCGACGCAAUGAAGGAACGCCUCGAGCCGCAUCGUGGUAACCUUCAUCUAGAACCUCACGAGAUGCGUGGCUCAUUUGCCGAGUGCCGAUAUAAGUCAACUGUCCUGAGCCGAUCUCUAGUGGACUCCGACCCGGAGAGGUCGAUUGCUAGGGUCAUUAUUGACAUUCAGGAUACUGGUAUCACGUUUCAGCCUGGCGAUCGCCUCGCAAUAAUGCCUCUCAACAGCUGGCUGGAGUGCGCAAAGGUUGCAGCUGCUCUCGGCCUUGACGUUAUGCUUGAAAGCCCCGUUUCUCUUGAUAAUCAAUGGAAUAGAUUUGCAGAUCACCUUGGUUCAGUAUCAAGGACGCCAACACCACGACUUACCGUAAAGGAUAUCCUACGCCGGGGUCACCUCGCACCCCUCACCAAAGAUCUCGUCAUGAAACUUCAUACAUUGCUCCGAGCAUCGUCGAACACCGUUCUUCAGAUCCUUGCAACAACCGAGUGGCCCGUGCGAGCUUCUCUGGGCGACCUUCUCCAGGCAGCUGUCACUGAUACUCCUUCCAAAAUUUGGGAUCAAGCAUUUGACAUCUCGGGAAAUCUCUCGUGGCUCCCCGAGAUAGUUGCACUUGAGGUCCCAAGAACAUACAGUAUCUCGAACUACCCCGACGAAUUGUUGCCUAGUACCGUCGAGCUUACUGUGUCGAGGUCUGAGUACAAUAUCUGCCCUACUCUCGCUGGACCAGAGCCCGUGGUUCGAUAUGGAGUCGGGAGUGGCUUCUUAAACCCGCCUGUCUCCGGCCAAGACGAAUUCAUCACAGACGACGAGGAGAUACUUAUUGGCAUCUCGCGGCCUCUUUCUUUCCAACUGCCGAUUGAUGAUGCCGCUCCGUGUGCAUUCUUUGCCGGCGGUAGCGGUAUUGCGCCGUUUAGAAGCUUUUGGCAAUCCCGUGCCGGGCGCUCCGUUGGAAAGAAUCUCUUAUUUCUUGGUGUACAAUCGCGAGAAAAAUUCUGCUACGAGAAUGAGCUCCGAGAAUACGUCAACGCUGGCUUUAUGGAAGUCUACACCGCUUUCUCGCGCGAUUCUCGCGGUCUCAACUACGACAGCUAUUUGCGGGACUUGGUAGAGAAAGAGACAACACCACGAUAUAUCGACUCUUUGAUUGUGGAGCAGGGAUCUACGGUCUGUGACCUUGUUAUGUCGAAGAAACAAGGCGGCUUAGGAGGCUAUCUAUACGUCUGCGGCUCCCUUUCUGUGUUCGACUCCGUCAUGUCUGGAAUUCGAAAGGCAAUUUACAACCACAGGACAGCCAGCAUGGAGUCUACCAGCGUCAUUCUUGAUACUGCCUUUGCAGAGCGCCGCUUCAUGCUGGAUGUGUUUAUGUCACCGAAACCACUACCAUGCAACAUACCGACGAUCCUCCCUUCCCAAUUGGCAAUGCACACAGGGCAUCGCCCGAACAGCCGCAUCCAUAUUGCAGUACAUGGGAGUGUGUAUGAUGUUACAGACUUUUGUCCCAUGCAUCCUGGAGGGACGAUGAUUAUCCAAUCGAACGCAGGAGUUGAUUGCUCAAAAUCUUUCGAUCUCCUUGCUCAUUCAAAUAACCCCGAGGUCUCUAGUCUCUUGAAUAAAUACUUCAUUGGGCAUCUCACGCCAAAGCCCAAUUACCGUAAGUGCGAGGACAUCAGCAUGCUCUACGAUCUUUGGUCUGAUUAUUUGAGGACGUCGGUUGAGACGCUUGUGGGAGAUCAAUUUGAGACUCGCGAAUUUAUGGACUCGACAAAUAUUUGGUUUCAAGGUAGUCUCUUCAACAUGGGUGGUGUGCGGAGUUUCUAUCAACACCAAUCGAGGUUGCUUCAAAAUGGUUUCUCGGCUCUAUUUGGCGCCAAACUCCAAGAGCUUUAUCUUAAGCUUUCUUUCACUCUCGCAAACAGUGGAGCAAGCUCUGGCCAACUUCCAGAUGUUUUAGGCGUCAUUGGCCGUGCGAAAAGCUCACCGGAUGCGAUGAUAACCUCAAAUGAGGUUUCCCAAAUCGGGAAAUUCACUUGUGACAGUGAAGCGGCUCGUUUCCAUGAAAGAGGCAUCAUAGAAUAUGUCAAAACAUCUAUUCAACUUAACUUGGAGCUCUUGGAGGGGAUUCGCGAGGAAGCAUGCUGUGGUAUGGAUGCAUUUGAUACUAUCAUGGAUCUUGAGGUAUCAUCGGAAACUCAACGUCUCACCGCGCUGUCCACAUUCCUCCUACAAUUGACCGAGCGCAUGGCCAUCAGAUUGGAAGGAUUCUAUUCAAAGCUGGCCCAGCAUUCCGUCUACCAUCCAGAAAUGGAGCACAACCCCGCAAGGACUCGGUGGAAUUUGGUGAAACGCAAAGUGCGCGACGGUUCGUUCUUCGUUCUGACACAAAACGUUGCGAUCAAUACAGGGGCCAGUUACGUGCCUCGCCGAGGCCAAGAGGCUGUCGAGUUCGACCACGUUAUUACUCAGAUCCAACACAGCAUUAACAAAGCGCCAAUUCAAGUGAGGAAAACAAUGGAACUCAAUGAGCAGCAUAUUGCUCGAGGACGCACAAAUCCAAACGGCGUCUCGGCGAAUGAGUCUCAUGAAAAUAGCCACGCCAUGAACCGCAUGUCAUCUUUCGUAAACAACAACAUGCGCGCCAUCCGCCGACUCAGCAAACUUCCGCCGGCGGGAGUAAGCCUUGAACAGCUGAUGAACACAUACGGCAACUCAGCUCAUCAAUCUUACGACCGCCACCCCGCAGCCAUGCGCAGCCUGACGCCAAACCAAAGUCGUUCGCCAUCAGUUUCUCGCGAGCAUGAUGGUUUCGAUCCUCAUCAAUUGAGCAAGCUCAACGUCCGGGGGCGCUCGGUAUCAAAUGCCGGUUCCUUAACGCGGGGCUCUAGUCACAGCAGUCAUGUCUCUUCUAGUAGCCACAUGGAUUUCCAUCUUCCCAUGACAAUGUCACCUGCUCUCACGCCUCCUUCUUCGGCGCCACAGUCGUCCGCCUCCUCUCCUGUGUCUCACACCCCAGCAUCGGCAGCUCUCCCAUCGAUGUUUAACAAGAUGAACAGGCGGCAGAAAUCCAGCGAUAUGGCCCCGACUCUCGCGAGCCUACCUGAGAACCGUAUGCGAAAAUUGAUGCAAGGUAGUGCGAGUAAUUCUGGGGGUUACUCGUCAAUGCUGCCCAAGGAUAGUGGUUCUCACAUGCGCGCCCGCUCCACAACGGGAUCACUCAGAGCGCUCAAGCUGCCCGAGAUGCGAGUUGCGCCAACAUUUUAACGUAGUUCUUUCAAGUUAAUCAUAGAAUUUUUAACGCUGAGUCAUGCAUAAGUUGCCCGUGAAAAAAACGCUAAAACUAUAUUUUAUAAGCCGUCUAGCCCUGAUAUGUGGAAGUACUUGCGGUCAUGCUUAAAAGUGCGAUUCGGUAAUGAGCCUGAUGAUACUGUCAUCUCUUGGCGAUGCAUUUGCUACGAGACAUUCGCGUUGUGUUCGUCUCAACAGCCCCGGAGUGACGGCUGGGAGGAUUAGCGGCAGUGAGGCUAGAGGCAGCUCCUCCUCCUUUUUGACAGCAUAGGCCAUCAUCUUCGUUGAGGACUAUAGAGACCCACAAGUAUGUUCCUCCCGCUCUAUCUAUCAAUUCUUCAACUACGUUAUUCUUUAGAUCUGCAGGAAAAUGACGAAGCUCUGUGACUCUACCCUCGAUAACAAUUCCGAGGUCCUUAGGUCUGGCCUUAAACUCCAUGUAAGUGUCUCCAAGCUCAAUGUUGAUGUCC